AUGAAAACUUGGGAGGCUGCCCUUAUGUUAUCAGAUUGGAUUCUUUGCAAUAAAGAUCUGUUUCAUGGCAAAGAUGUGCUGGAACUUGGGGCUGGUGUAGGGUUUACAGGAAUUUCUAUAGGAAAACAUUGUACUACCAAAACCAUCACAAUCACAGAUUGUCAUAUAGAUGUUUUAAAGCUGUUGGAAGAAAAUAUUGCAAUAAAUUUUCCAGAAUUACAAAAGGAUGGAACUUCUAUAUCCACUUGUUUUAGUAAUGAAAAAAAGCAUAUCAGUGUUAAGAAGUUGGACUGGAAUUGUAUAGAAGAUCUAGAUGACAUUCAAAACCCAGAUGUGAUCAUUGGUGCAGAUAUUGUUUAUGAUCCAUUAAUAUUGAAGCCUCUUUGUACUGUUAUUAAUACAUUUUUUAAAAGAAACCCCCUAACAGAAGUUUAUAUUGCAAGUAUCAUUAGAAAUGAAGAUACAUUUACAAAAUUUUUAGAUCACUUAGGUAAAAUUAAUGUUACAGUCGAAAAAUAUAUGCCAACAACAUGUAAUUUGAACUGGGAUCAAGAGGUGCAACGAUAUCGUAAAAAUGUCGUGGACUAUUUGAAACCCGAGCGUCUUCAAGAGCUGCAUGAAACUUACCAGAAAGUUGUACAGUUCACUAAGAAAGUGAAAUCUGUCAUAGAAACAUUAAAAAAAUCAAAGAAGCUAACACCUGAUAUAGAGAAAAGUAUUUUAAAUGCUCGUAAUUUGUCUGAACUUGAUUUUUUGUAUGCACCAUUAAAGAGUAAUUCUCUGUCACUAGCAGAAAGAGCUCGUAAACUAGGACUUGAGCCAUUUGCAAUUAAAUGUUUAAAUGGAGAUAUUGUUGAGUUGCAAAUGCUUUGUACUGACAAUGAAGAAAUGUUGACAAUCGAAAAAGUAGAAUCUCAUAUCAUACAUAUAGUUGCUGAUAUUAUUUAUAAAGACACAAGAGUUCUGAGUGAGAUGAGAAGUUUAAAAGAACAAACGAGGUUCACAAUACAAAGUAGCCAAACUAAAAGUUCAACAAAAGAAAUUAAAGAAGAUACCAAAAAGUAUGAUAGUAAAUCUGACCCGGAGACUUAUAAAAUAUACUUUGACUGGAAAUGUCCUACACAUUUUGUGAAAUCAUACCAAAUUUUAGCAGUCAAUAGAGGUGAAGAUGAAAAAAUACUAUCUGUGAAAGUACUUAUUCCUGAUUGGUACUAUAAUAGGCUUGAAAGGUAUUGCAUGACUCUUUGGAAAAGUACUAACUGGGUGCGGAAAGGAUUAGGUGACGCUUACAACCGACUGAUGAAACCUUGGCUAUCGAGGCAAGUGAGGUCCGAGCUCACUGCCGCUGCCCACAAGGAGGCGGUGAACACGUUUACAGCGAAUCUAGAAAAGUAUUUGCUAACUGAACCCAUCAAGAACAAGACCAUAGCAGGCCUGGAUCCUGGGUUUAAAGCCGGCUGUAAGGUAGGAAUCAUAAACGCAAAUGGUGUGAAACUUGACGCCUGUACAAUUUAUCCAGAUUUAAGGCGGCACAAUGUGAAAGAUCAUGCCGCAAAACAGCUCGAGGACAUUUUGUUGAAACACAGGGUAGACCUUAUUGGCUUGGGCAAUGGAACUGCAUGCCGCGAAACGGAAGCCUGGCUGAAAACUCAUCAUAUAUCCGACAAUAUUCCAGUAAUUAUAGUACCAGAGCAAGGCGCGUCUAUCUAUUCCGUUAGCAAGGAAGCACAGAAGGAACAUCCCGAUAUGGAUCCCAAUCUAAUUUCCGCCUUGUCAAUAGCGCGGCGAGUAUUGGAUCCGUUGGGAGAAUUGAUUAAAGUGGAUCCGAAGAAUUUAGGCGUAGGCCUCUACCAACACGACAUUCCGCCAAAAAUGCUAGAAACGGCCUUAGACGCAACAGUGGAGAAGGUAGUAAGUCUUGUGGGUGUUGACAUAAAUACAGCGUCACAAGCUAUGUUGAGACGCAUUUCAGGUUUGAAUGACGGGCGGGCUAAAAAAAUUUUAGCCUAUCGACAGGACAGUGGUGGUUUCAAAACAAGAGAGGAGAUUUUAAAAGUGACAGGAAUUGGGAAAAUUACUUAUCAGCAGUGUGCUGGGUUUCUUAAGGUCUUGACUGGAAAGGAGCCGUUAGACGCAACCAUUAUACAUCCGGAGAGUUACAGUAUCGCAAAAUUAUUCGCCAAAAAGAUCGGUGUGAACGUUAAAGAAAUCAGCCAAUCGCAUUUCCCGGAGCUGGUCGAAAGGGGGACCGCUAACAUCGACGUGGCACAGACCAGCGAAGAGCUGAAUACUGACGCGGCGACGCUGGAGCUCAUAAUAAGUGCCUUCAAACAGAAACCGUACGAGGACAAUGUCAUCAGUUUCUGCCGGCCGGUGUACUCUCUGGCAGUACAGACGACAGAACAGCUAUCAAAGGGCGUUACUUUAACAGGCGUAGUCCGCAACGUGGUGCCAUUCGGCUGCUUCGUAGAUUGCGGCGUCGGUGACAACGGCCUCAUACACAGGAGCAAUUUGGGCGGCAACCAAACGCCGAAACUGGGCGACAGGGUGGCCGUAACGGUCAUCGGCACGCCCAAACCCAAAAGACUGCAACUCAAACUCGACAAGAUACUGAGC